AAGAAUGGUAAAUUUACUAAUCAAUAAUAAAUUAUUAAAAUUCCAAAUUGAUACAGGGACUACUCGAAGCAUCAUUGGUCGAUCAGGUUACCGUAUGCUUGGAUCUCCUUACUGUAAGCAAAUUGCAGAUGUGCAACUAUCAUCAUAUGGAGGUGGACGUCUUAAGCUCCUCGGAGAAUGUGAAGUGUCUCUAUUGUGGUCUGGCAAGGUAAUUAAUGAGAAAAUUUUAGUAGUUGAUAGCGAUUGCGGAAGCAAUUUAGUGGGAAUAGACUGGCUAGACAAAAUGGGUUUUCAAGUUUCUGUUAAAGCCGUCAACAUUUCUUCAAAUUUACCAAUUAGCAUCAAAGAACUCUGUGCUAAGUUUUCGCAACUUUUUGAGCCUUCGUUAGGGUGCUGUUUUAACUACCAAGCUCAUUUAGAACUACUCCCAGAUGCUAAGCCUAAAUUUGUUCCACCUCGCACAAUCCCGUUUGCACUUCAAGAGGCUACUAAGCAGGAAUUAGAACGUUUAGUCCAAGCUGGAAUUUUAAACCCUAUUCAACGAACUCAAUGGGCUACACCCAUCGUUGUCGUUCCGAAAAGGAAAGGAACAGUCCGUAUAUGCGGAGACUUUAAAGUUACAAUUAAUCCACAAUUGGUUGUCAAUCGACACCCCAUUCCACGUACUCGUGAGCUCUUCCAUAAAUUGCGUAAUGGGAAGCUUUUUACUAAAAUCGAUUUGUCCGACGCUUACUUACAAAUAGAAUUGGACGCGGAAUCCAAGAAACUCGUGGUUAUUAAUACCCCAUUUGGGUUGUAUCAAUACCAAAGGAUGCCGUUUGGUAUCAACAGUGCUCCAGGCGAAUUCCAGCACGUCAUGGAACAGAUUUUAAUAGGACUGCCUGUCGGAAUUUAUUUAGACGAUCUGCUUGUAACAGGAGAAAACGACGAAGAGCAUCUUGCAAACCUUAAUGCAGUUUUUAGUAGGCUUCAGGCUAAUGGUUUCCGUUGCAACAUAGACAAAUGCGAUUUUGCGCGCCACGAAAUUGAAUAUCUAGGCCAUUCUAUUUCGGCUUCGGGCAUUCGCCCACUAGAAGAUAGACUUUUAGCAAUUAAAGAACAAUCUUCGCCCACCAACUUAAAAGAAUUGGAAGCCGUAAUGGGAAAAUUUAAUUACUAUAAUCAAUUUAUAGCUAAUUUUGCUCAGGUAGCAGGGCCUUUGAAUAGUCUACGGCGUAAAGGAGUUUCUUUUCGAUGGUCAUCAAAAGAAGAAGAAGCAUUUAACAGCCUUAAGAUGAGCAUCGUAAAUGCAACAAGGCUAGUACAUUUCAAUGAAGAUCUACCAAUUAUUUUGGCUACUGACGCUUCUAGUUACGGCAUAGGCGCCGUUAUUUCACAUCGUUUUCCGAAUGGUUUAGAGAAGCCCAUCGCUUUCGCUUCUAAAACUCUAAACAUUCACCAGAAAUCCUACAGCCAAAUAGAAAAAGAAGCACUCUCCAUUAUAUAUGGAAUUACAAAAUUCCACCAAUAUUUGUAUGGCAGGUCAUUUGAACUCCUGACUGAUCAUAAGCCGUUGACGACGCUUUUUAACCCAAACAAAAAACUUCCUGAGAUGACUCUACAGCGUCUCCAAAGAUGGGCAAUCUUACUUAUGGGAUACAAUUAUACAAUUAAGUAUCGGCCAACCGCUAAACAUGCUAAUGCAGACUCACUUUCUCGCCUCCCGGUGGGGCCUGAUGAGAAUUUCGACCAACGAGAGGAGUCAUGCUGCGAAAUUCGUGAGAUAUACGAUGAUGUCUUAGAAUCACACCCUAUAAACCUUAAGCUUCUUAGACAACAUUCUGACAGAGACUCUACAUUGACUGCUGUAGGAAAAUAUAUAAAAAAUGGUUGGCCUACGCACUUAAAAGCAGAAGAACGUUAUCUCCAGGCUUAUUUUAUUAAAAGGCACAGUUUGACUAUUCAUCAAGGAAUAACUUUACUGAAUGCAAACUAUCCACGUGUUGUGAUUCCUAAAACGUUGCAAGAAAAAACUCUCAAAGUAAUACAUGAUGGUCAUUGGGGUUCUUCUCGCUCAAAGCAACUUGCAAGACGUUACGUUUGGUUCCCAAAUAUUGAUAAGCAAAUCGAAGAUUUUUCUGCAAAGUGUGAGAUUUGCCAAUCUGAAGCAUCGGAACCAGCAAAAGAGUAUUGCAGCUGGCCUCAAACAAAUGAGCCGUGGAGUCGGCUACACAUAGACUUUGCCGGCCCUCUUUAUGGUCGUAUGUGGUUAGUUUUAGUUGAUUCACAUUCUAAAUUCCCGUAUGUUGUUUCACUGCCUGCAGCUACAUCAGAAAAUACAAUUAAAGCUCUCCGUAGUAUUUUUUCAAUUGAAGGUUUACCAAAGACUAUCGUAAGUGAUAACGGAACUCAGUUCACAUCCGCACAGUUUUCAGAAUUUUGUAGAUCCAAUGCUAUUCAUCAUGUCCGAACUGUUCCGUUUCAUCCAGCAUCAAACGGAGAAGCCGAGCGAUUCGUGCGAACACUUAAGACAGCUUUCAAAAAACUUAUUGCUGAUGGCUCAUCUCCUGAACUUGCGCUUCCAAUUCUACUCAGCACCUUUCGAACAACUCCCAAUCCAAUAACAAAAAAGUCUCCGUCGGAGUUGCUACAUGGUCGUCAACAGCGUUGUGUGUUAUCAGCCCUAGUUCCAGAAACUAAGCCAACUCAUCAAAUAAGGAGCAAGUUUGAAGUUGGUCAGGAGGUUCUGUGCCGCCAAUAUCUUAAAAAACAGAAAUGGUCGCGUGGUAUCAUUUCGAAAGUACUGGGAAGAAACACCUACGAAAUCAAAACAAAGGACGGUGUCAGUCGCAGACAUCAAAACCAAAUGCGACUUCUGCAGAAUAAAUCGAAUUUGGAAAUCGAAAAUCCUGAAGGUCAAAUAGAAGGUGGAGAAGAUGUAUAUGAAGAGUCAACAUCAAAAUGUUCGGAUGCACAAUCCUGUCCAGCCCCAGUUGUUUGCGAUGACUACGAGAAACGUUUACCAGAUGUUCCCGGUACAUCUCCCAAAAUAACACCAAUGGAGUUACCGACAGAUGACUACGAGAAACGUUUACCAGAUGUUCCCGGUACAUCUCCCAAAAUAACAUCAAUGGAGUUACCGACAGAAAUUCGACGAUCCGAGCGGGUGAAAGUUUUGACCCCACCAAUUUACUUUAAGAAACGAGGUCAAUAAAUAAGCGGGGAGAAAUGUUAUACCUAUAUACCUAUGCAAUGAAUUGUACUCUUAUAUUAUUAGU